CCCGCGGCCCGGCCACGCGCCUGGCCCGGCGCCUCCGCCGGAGCAGCGCCGGCGGCGUGGAGGGAUGUAACGGGAGCUUGAAAAAACACGAUGCUGAGUAACCGCCGCCGGCGCCUGAGUCACCGGCCGCCGGGCCGCGGCCCCUUGCCCGCCACGGGCGCUUUCGGGCCGCCUCGCCCGAGCGGCUCGGCGCCGAGGCGAGGGAGGGGGCUGGAUCCCUCCGGCCUAACUAGCCGAGGCGCCUCGUGCUCGGCCCCGCGGUGAUUUCCGCUGCCUUCCUCGGGAUCCCUCCGGAGGAUGAGAGCGGCGGGUGCCAGCGCUCGCCGUGGCCGGCACGGGGCAGGGAAAAAAAAAAAAGCCAAAUCCACCCUCCCUCGCGCGCUCCGGCCGGCUCCGGCCCGCAGCGGGUCUGGCCGACUCGUCAAGGUCGUUUUUAAUGAGGUUGCGGCUGGGGCGGGCGCGCAGCAGAGAGGCUGGCAGCGGAGGUGGCUGCGCCGCCAGCAACCCCGGCAAGCGCCGGAGACACGGAGCUCUGCCCAGCCGCUCCCGCCGAGCCGGGCAUGGAGCCCACAACCGGCGCCGACAGGCUGCGGGAGGAAGAGGAGGCGACGGAGAGGGUGCUGCUGUCGGAGAAAAGCUGGCAAUCCUGCCCCAAAGCCCGGAGGCGGCUCCGAGCGCCCCGCAGGGUGCCUGGAGCUGGUGCGAAGGCAGCUCUUCCGCGUCGGCGAGGACUGGUACUUCCUCUUCGUUCUGGGCGUCCUCAUGGCCAUGAUCAGCUUCAUGACGGACCUCAUCGUCUCCAGGCUCUACGAGGCCCACCGCUGGCUUUACCGCGAGAUCGGUGACUAUAUGGUGCUCAAAUACCUUUCGUGGACCAUGUACCCAGUGGCCCUGGCAGCCUUCUCCACUGGCUUCUCGCAGAGCGUCACGCCGCACUCGGGAGGCUCUGGCAUCCCUGAGCUCAAGACCAUCCUCUCGGGGGUCAUGCUGGAGGACUACCUGGCCAUCAAGAACUUCGGUGCGAAGGUGGUGGGGCUCAUCUGCACCCUAGCCUGCGGCAGCACCGUUUUCCUGGGCAAAGUGGGCCCCUACGUCCACCUCUCCGCCAUGGCGGCGGCGUAUCUGGGCAAGAUGCGGACAUCGGCGACCAAGGAGUAUGAGGACAAGUUCAAGCAGAACGAGAUGCUGGUGGCGGCCCAGGCAGUCGGGGUGGCCACAGUUUUCGGGGCGCCCAUCAGCGGGGUGCUCUUCAGCGUCGAGGUGAUGUCGUCCCACUUCGCGGUGCGGGAUUACUGGCGUGGCUUCUUCGCCGCCACCUGCGGCGCCUUCAUGUUUCGCCUCCUCGCCGUCUUCAACAGCGAGCAAGAAACCAUCGUGGCCCUCUUUAAGACCGACCUCAAGGUGGAUUUCCCCUUCGAUCUCCCGGAGACCUUCUUCUUCAUCGCCUUGGGGGUCGCCUGCGGGGUUAUCGCCUGCGCCUACCUCUUCUGCCAGCGCUGGCUGCUGGGCUACGUCCAGGAGAACAAGCUCACGGCCAAGCUGCUGGCCACGGACAAGCCUGUCUACACGGUCCUGGUGGUGCUGCUGCUCGCCUCCAUCACCUUCCCGCCCAGUUUGGGGCAGUUCAUGGCGUCCAGGCUCACCAUGAAGGAGUACCUGGUCUCGCUCUUCGACAACGGCACGUGGGGCGAGCUGGCGCGCAACACGUCGCCCGGUGAGCCCCGGCACCUCUGGCAGGAGUGGUGCCACCCCUCCGUGCCCUUCUUCGGCACCUUGGCCUUCUUCUUGCUCAUGAAGUUUUGGAUGCUGAUCUUGGCCACCACCUUGCCGCUGCCCGCCGGCUACUUCAUGCCCGUCUUCGUGUACGGAGCUGCCGUGGGGCGCCUGGCGGGCGAGACGGUGGCGGCACUCUUCCCCCGGGGCGUCAGCGUGGAGGGCAGCGCUGUGGUUCCCUGCGGCUACGCGCUGGCUGGAGCGGCGGCGUUCUCUGGCGCCGUCACGCAUUCGCUGUCCACGGCGCUGCUGGUGUGCGAGGCCACGGGCCAGCUGGCCCACGCACUGCCCGUCACGCUGGCCGUGCUGGCCGCCAACGGCGUGGCCCAGAAGUGGCAACCGUCCUUCUACGCCGGCACCAUCCUCGUCAAGAAGCUGCCCUACCUGCCGCCCAUCCGCAGCCGCCACUUGGCCAUCACCCACGCUGGUGGGGACCGUGAGCCGCGCCGAGCUGGUGGCCUUCCUGCAGGGCUGCAGCGACGGGCCGGAGGGGACGGUGGGGGACAACUGCGCCAUCGAGCCCGUCAUGCUGCAGCUCUCGCCGCAGACCUCGCUGCACCAGGCUCACCACCUCUUCGAGCUGCUGAAGCUGCAGCGCCUCUUCGUCACCCGCUUCGGGGUGCUGGCGGGAGCGGUGACGCGGGUCGAGCUGCGGAGAGCCAUCGAGGAGCUCGCCAAUCCCAAGUGACGCCGCUCAUCGUCACUGCCAUCGUCACCACCGCCAUCACCACCACCAUCAUCAUCACCACCACCAUCAUCAUCAUCCCGGAAAAAAAAAUGCCCAGGAGCACCCCGAAUCCCACCAAGCUGCACAGUGGCAAAGGGACCCAGGCGUCCGGGCCGCUCCUUGUCUUGCCCCCCUCCCCAGGGUUUUAAAGGCUCAAACUAUCCAUUUUUGGCCCUGAGCCGGAGCCGCUGACUCAUCCGCUUUCUUCCCGAGUUUUCCUCCUCCCAGUUAUUUUCUGCCCCCCCCACGAUGAGCCGGCUCCUGGUCCGGUUUUGUGGGAGCAACAGCAGUAAUAAUAAUAAUAAAAUUUCAUUGGGGGAAAAAAAAUCGUUCUUUUUUUCCACCCCUCCUCGUGUUGCCGGUGCAGAUCUGUCGGAAAAAAAGCUGGAUAAACCCCCUCCGCUGGCGCUUUUCCCAGCUGCAGCAUCCCGAAACUCCGCUCCCAGGUUGGGAAAAGCCCGCCCAGUUUGGGCAGCAAUCUCCACCAGUCACUCUGCUGCAGCAAGGAGCUGGGGGGAGAGGGAGCAGGAUUUUUUUUUUUUUUUUUUU